CACAACCUAAUCAUCAUAGCAAGCCUCCAUUAUAUCUAGAUAGACCUAUACAUACAUUAUACAUAUAUUAUCAUCAUCAAACUUCAAUUCUCUAGAACCCAUAUAUUUCUGGAUCCAUUAUAUUCUUCAGCUCAAAAUUCAACGAAUUAAACAUAAAAUCAUGAAUGCACUCAAGCUUUACAAGCUGGGAAAUCAGCAUGCGUUGCUCUCAUGGAGUUAUUCAGCCGCCUCAAGAGUACCGCGCACUUACACUGUUCUUGCGCCGCCGCUCAAGAGGCCGAGAAAUAAUCUCCGAGUAAAAGCGAGUAGCGCCGGCGCCGGCGGGGAAGGACAGAAUUCUAGCCGGCGUACUUUCUUGACGCUUGAAGAAGCCGGCCUGGUUGAAAUCUCCGGCCUCGACGCUCACGAGCGCUUCCUCUGCCGUUUAACGAUAUCAUCACUAAAUUUACUGAAAGUAAUAUCAGAGCAAGAAGGUUGCCCAAUCGAGGAGCUGAAUGCAGGAAGAAUAUGUGAUUGGUUUUUGAAAGACAAGCUCAAGAGAGAACAAAAUUUGGAGUCUGCAGUUCUUCAAUGGGAUAGCUCUGAAUUCCAAUUUUAAAAACCCUCAUUUAAAAAAUAUAUAUAUAUUUUUCUUUACUUUUUGUUAAUCUAAACAUGCUUUUAUUUACUUAUUUAUUUAAUUUUGAUAUGGUGCAAAUAUGCCUCUAUAAUUUUUUUUUUUUAAUUUUACAUUUAUGCUUUUAUUAGUAAAUAACUAAUACUAGAAAAUUCCUUCUAUUUGUUUUAAAAAAAAUAUUUUUAUUUACUUUUUGUCUAUCUACAGGAUAUUGUGGUGUUCAUGGCUAAUUUUACACUUGCUUACUUAGUUUCCAGUGGCCUUGAUUCAAAACAAUCAAUUACAAAAUACAAAUAUUUGAUAUUAAUUUGCUAAAUUUUAACGGUUUGAAUACAAUUUGAUGAAUAUAUUAGAAAUGGAGCAAGAAGGACUCAAGUGAACUUGGGGCCCCGAGGUAGAACGCCGUGCUCAACUCGGGUGGCCCAGGGAGAGCCCAUGCCUCGACCCACCAGGCCCCAAGCCGCGAUCCAGCGCCUCGACUGGGGGUGCUCAGCUUGGGGUGCCUGGGGGUGCUUGACAGGGGGUGCUCGACAGGGUGCCCAGGGGGUGCUCGGACGGACGAGGUCCAAGUUUGUUUCAACCAACCUCCCUUUUUUAGGGGACAGUUAGGGAGUUUAGUGUGUAUAAAUGCCUUUGCGCGCUAUUGUCUCAUUAAGACAUUCGCAUCUAUCAUUGUCCUAAUCUACUCUUGUAAUAGCAUUACAUCCACUUUGUAAUAGCUUCACAACUACAACUUAAUACAACAUUUGGUCUCCGUGAUCCUA